UUUUAAAACAUUUAUUAGUAAUUACUUCAUUUUACUCUCAUAGGGAAUAGUAUUAAUACGACAAUUAUUUAUUAAUACCUGAAUUUAUAGCUAUUCUAGUUAGAUUACAAAAACAUUUUCCCUUAAAAAAUUCGAGAUAAAUACGAUUAGAGAAUUAUUGAUUUUAUUUUUUUAAAAAAAAUUGCGAGAAAAUGUCUCUUCGUGAACUUGGUAAAACUGGUGUAAAAAUCUCUGCAAUCGGCUUAGGAUGCAUGGGCAUGAGUGAGUUUUACGGUUCAGCUGAUGAGCAGGAGAAUAUUAAUGUGUUGAAUCGAGCAAUUGAUUUAGGAUCUACCUUUUGGGAUACUUCUGAUAUUUAUGGAAAUGGAGCAAAUGAGAUUCUCCUUUCAAAAGUCCUUAAAGACAAACGUGAUAAAGUAUUUCUUUGUACAAAGUUCGGUGGACUUCGAGAUUCAAAUGGCGCAUUUUUAGGUGUAUCGGGUAAACCUGAAUAUGUUCGCCAAGCUUGUGAAAGAUCUUUAAAAAGAUUGGGAGUAGAUUAUAUUGAUCUUUAUUAUCAACAUCGUAUGGAUCCCAAUACACCCAUUGAAGAUACUGUUGACGCUUUAGCAGAACUUGUUAAGGAAGGAAAAGUAAAAUAUAUCGGUCUUUCUGAAUGUUCUGCAAAAACUCUUCGACGUGCUCAUAAAAUUCAUCCUAUUGCCGCAAUUCAAAUGGAAUAUAGUCCUUGGACUAUUGAUAUUGAAACAAAUGGAAUUAUGGAAGCCUGUCGCGAAUUAGGAGUCACUAUAGUAGCAUAUAGUCCACUUGGACGCGGGUUUUUAACUGGAAAAUAUAAAUCUAUUGAUGAUUUUGAACCGGACGAUGUUAGAAGAAUGCUGCCACGUUUUCAAGGUGAAAAUUUCGAUAAAAAUUUAGUAAUUGUACGUAAAUUUGAAGAAUUUGCGAAUAAGAAAGGUGUAACUCCAAGUCAACUUUGCUUAGCUUGGGUUUUAGCUCAGGGAGAUAAUAUUGUUGCUAUUCCCGGUACAAGAAAAAUUAAAUAUUUAGAAGAAAAUCUUGAAGGAAUAAAAAUUCAUCUUACUCCUGAAGAAUUAUCUGAAAUUAGGCAAAUUAUUAAUUCUAUUGAAAUUAUCGGUACUAGAUAUAAAGAAGAACAUAUGAAGACGGUGGAUAUUUAAAAAAAAAAAGUUGUUAAAUUAAGUAAAUUAUAAAUUCAAUAAAUUUGUCAAGAUAUAAAUUAAAUUAUUAAUUAAAUCACUAGGAUAUUAAUAUGUAUAAUAGUAUUUGCAGUUUUGAUAUUGGGUUUAUUCUAAUUGACUAAAUUGAACUUAUUGGACAAUUGAACAAUUGGAUAUAGGCCAAUUGCAUCCAAUUGUUUAACUGUUCAAUAAGUUCCA